AUGCCGGUCGUCUCAUCAGAAAAGCUGGCCAGCUUGCAAAGGCAUUCCAGCGAUGUCCGAAAUACAUCGCUCACAGAUGCUCUCCUCGCCACAAAUGGCAUCAUUUCACCAAAGCUCGCGGGCAAGAUCCGCUACUUGGACUCCAGGCCUGAUGAACAACUUCGAGGUAUCACCAUGGAGUCCUCCGCCAUCUCACUCUACUUCUCGAUGCUCAGGAGAAACGCCCCCGAUGCGGCACCGGAAGCCAAGGAGUACCUCAUCAACCUCAUCGACUCACCUGGCCACAUUGACUUCAGCAGUGAAGUCUCCACAGCAUCUCGACUGUGCGACGGUGCUGUGGUCUUGGUCGAUGUUGUCGAGGGCGUCUGCAGUCAAACAGUUACAGUACUACGCCAGACCUGGAUCGAAAAGCUGAAGCCAUUACUCGUCUUCAACAAAAUUGACCGACUCAUCACCGAACUCAAGAUGACACCAAACGAGGCCUAUGUCCAUCUCAGCAAACUCCUGGAACAGGUCAACGCUGUGCUAGGAAGCUUCUUCCAGGGCGAGAGAAUGGAAGAGGAUCUCAACUGGCGCGAGAGGAUGGACGAGCGGGUGAAGGCCGCUGCUGAAAAAGAUCUGUACGAGAAGAAGCUGGGCAUCAAGCGCGGCAUCAUGGAAAAAGUCCUCUGGGGCUCUUUCUACCUGGACCCGAAGACGAAAAAGAUUCUCGGCCCAAAGCAUCUCAAGGGCCGCAACCUCAAGCCCAUGUUCGUGCAGCUUGUUCUUGAGCCCAUUUGGGCCGUCUACCAGGCCACAACAGGCGGAGACCAUGGAAAGGGAGACCCCGCGCUGCUGGAAAAGAUCACCAAGUCCCUCAACCUGACUUUGCCCCCUCACAUUAUGCGGAGCAGAGACCCAAGGUUAGUGCAGAGCGCUGUGUUCGCCGCAUGGCUGCCUUUGUCUACCGCCCUGCUUGUCUCUGUCAUCGAGUCACUGCCUGCACCGCCAGUCGCCCAAGCUGCAAGACUUCCCGAGAUGAUUCAGGAGUCCCCUGGUGGCGAUCAUGUCAGCGACGAUGUCAAGGACGCAAUGGUGUCCUCCAAGACGGAAAAGUCAGACCCCAUCGUCGCCUACGUCAGUAAAAUGGUCUCCAUCCCAGAAAGCGAACUUCCACAGAACAAGCGACGUGCGGGACAGCUAAGCCCAGAAGAAGCACGAGAACUUGCGCGGAAGAAGCGUGCCGAAGCGGCUCGAGCUCAAGCUGCAGUCGGUGGCGACAGUGCCGUCAACGAUCUUGGUACCGCACUCGAGGAAGUCGACCUCGACAAUUACGCUCCGAAGCAAGAAGAGAAGGAAGAGGACCCAGAGCAUCUGAUUGGUUUUGCGCGCAUGUAUUCCGGCACGCUCUCUGUCGGCGAUGAGCUUUAUGUCAUACCUCCCAAGUGGUCGCCGGCGAAUCCACAUUCCCCGGAGCCGCACAAGAUCACGGUGACCGCCUUAUACAUGCUGAUGGGCAGGAGUCUGGAGGCCCUCGACUCUGUACCGGCGGGCGUUGUUUUUGGCAUUGGAGGACUGGAGGGUCACAUUCUCAAGUCCGGAACCUUGUGUAGUCGACUGGAAGGCGCUGUCAACCUUGCUGGCGUCAACACGCUAGGCAAGCCCAUUGUUCGCGUUGCUCUUGAGCCUGUCAACCCUGCUGAUCUCGACAAGAUGAUCCAUGGCCUGCGAUUGCUUGUGCAGAGCGAUCCAUGCGCCGAGUACGAGCAGUUCAGCAGCGGAGAGCACGUUCUCCUGACAGCAGGCGAACUUCACCUUGAGAGAUGUAUCACGGAUCUCCAGGAUCGAUUUGCCCACUGCGAGAUCCAGGCUGGCGCCCCCAUCGUGCCGUACCGCGAGACUAUUGUCAAGGCGGAGGAGAUGCGUCCGCCUGCGAACAAGGACCUCGGCCGUGGUGUCGUGGUCGGUGUGACAUCGUCCAAGCAGGUGUCCGUCAAGCUCCGUAUUCGGCCCCUGCCUGCCAAGGUCACCGACUUCCUCUCGAAAAACAGCGAAUGCAUCAAGGGCUUGUACACCGACCGCAAGGUCGAGAACGGCGCCAGCGAGGAUACGCAAGCUGAUGAGGCCGACAUUGACACCGACGUGGCCGCCGGAAAGACCCUGUCGCAAGACGAAUUCAAGGAGCAGCUCCAGGCCCAGCUCGAGUCUGGCAAGGGCCGCGAAGCCUGGAAGAAUACGGUUGAAAGAAUCGCCGCGUUCGGCCCGCGCCGGACAGGCCCCAACCUUCUCAUUGAUGGGUCCUCGGACGGCAUUCUCCAACAUCUGUUCGCAUCCGAUGCCGCGGACCGUGAUGUCGCCGCAACCGCUGCCGACGAGUCCCUACGCCCUGCCCAUCUGGCCGACAAGCUCACGUACGCCUUCCAGCUCGCCGUGGCCCAGGGCCCUCUCUGCCACGAACCUGUCCAAGGCAUCGUCGUCACGGUCGAAGAGGUCACGAUCCACGAGACCGAGGAGGCGCCCACGUCGUCCGCCCGUCUCACAGGCGAAGUCCUCAAGACGACGUCCAACGCCAUCCACAGCGGCAUGCUUGACUGGUCGCCGCGCCUGCUGCUCGCCAUCUACACGGUCGAGAUCCAGGCCUCGACAGAGGUGCUCGGCCGCGUGUACGACGUCCUCACGCGCCGCCGCGGCCGCGUCCUCUCCGAGGCCAUGAAGGAGGGCACCCCCUUCUUCACCAUUGCGUCUGUGCUGCCCGUUGCUGAGUCGUUUGGGUUCGCGGACGAGAUGCGCAAGAGGACCUCGGGCGCCGCGCAGCCGCAGCUCAUCUUUGCCGGUUUUGAGAUUCUGGACGAGGACCCCUUUUGGGUGCCCUUUACGGAAGACGAUCUCGAAGACCUGGGCGAGUUUGGUGACAAGGAGAACGUGGCCAAGAGGUACAUGGACGCGAUCCGCAAGAAAAAGGGCCUCCUCGUUGAGGGUCGCAACGUGGCGACCGAUGCGCAGAAACAGAAGACCCUGAAGAGGUAG